GAGACAUUGCCUGUUCAAAUCAAAAUCCUUUUCUUCUUUUGGUCUCCUCUUCUCUCUCUCUCGCUGGCUCUCGCUUGCUCUGCAUUUGAGCAUAAGCUUCUUCUACAAUGCAGACGAGAACUGUUCAAGUAAAGAGCAUUUCAGAUCUAGCAACCGAGAGAGAGAUUCACGAGUUUUUCUCCUUUUCGGGAGACAUCGAGCACAUUGAGAUCCACGGAGAAGCUGGGGGGUCCAGAAUCGCCUAUGUUACGUUUAGAGAUCCUAAAGCACUUGAAAUCGCGUUAUUAUUAUCGGGAGCGACGAUAGUAGACCGUAUAGUUACAAUAACUCCAGCUGAAAACUAUACCCCGAAUCGGGAAAUGCAGGAGGUAAGAAUGGUGGAGAAUGCAGUUUCCAUGGCUCCUCCAGAGAGUAGCACAGAGACAAGCGAGGCGAAGACUUCCGUUGACGGCAACGGCAGAGCAUAUGUCAGCAAAGCACAAGAUGUGGUUGCAACUGUUUUGGCCAAAGGUUCGGCACUCGGGCAAGAUGCAAUGAAUAAAGCAAAGGCUUUCGAUGAAAAACACAGAUUAACAGCCAGUGCUUCGGCUAAAGUCAUGUCCUUUGACAAGAGAGUUCGACUUACAGAGAAAUUGACGGUCGGGAUUUCAGCUGUUAAUGAGAAAGUAAAAUCUGUUGAUCAAAGGCUUCACGUCUCCGAUAAAACCAUGGCUGCGAUAUUUGCAGCAGAGAAGAAAUUAAAUGACACCGGUUCUGCAGUCAAAUCAAGCAGGUACGUGACUGCAGGAGCUGCCUGGUUCAGCGGUGCUUUCAGCAAAGUAGCGAGAGUAGGUCAGGUCGCCGGAUCAAAAACCAGAGAGAAGUUCAAUAUGGCCAUCUCAAACUUGACCUCCAAGGAUCCUCCUAUUGCUGUGUAGCGAAAAGCUCGGGAUUUCUCUCGAUUCAAUCGGGUAACCCUUUCUCUCGAUCCCGGGCAUCUGUGCAUUACAUUUUUUGGGAACAAAUUUUGUGUGAAAUCGCAUCUCCCUUCUCUAAUGGUUUACAAUCAUAAUCUUGUGGUCUGAUGUCUUGUCCUCCCAUUACAUUGAUUGCAUUGUGGAGAAAGAAACUGUCUCACUUUCCUCCUUCCAUGUGUGGGUUUGUAUGUAAGCUUAGUUCUGUCUGAUCCUCGUAUGUUUAAAGACAUUGAAAAAUUCAGUGACAUACAUUUUUUUCCCCCUACAA